AUGCAAUGCAGGUGUAGCAGCAAUUUAGCAGUUCUUUUGACUUUACUGGCUCUUACAGCAGCAAUUCCAAAAACAAGACGCGUUCUACUGCGCCCCUUGUCCGCCAAAGAGGUUUACAAAGUUCUUAAGGCUGCUGGUCGCGAGGAUGCUAUACCUGAGGGUCGUGUUGUCACCCAAGGAUUAUCAGCUAUAACUGGUUUUGCUUUAGGUGUUGGCAGUGGCAUAGGUGCAGCAUUGCUUGUGGAUUUGGCCACUUCCAAUAUAACCACCGAAUACUUUACCUCCCUAUUCGGUGGUAGCAGUAGCAGCAACACCGCUGCCACUGGCAAUUCUUUGAUUUCCGAAGAAAUUUGCUUUUUAAGCCGCAACAUGGAUUACAAUGAUCGGCAGGGGCGUCAAACAAGUCCAACGACAACAGGAACCGCUACCGGAACUGGAACAACUGGUACGCAAACACCCAUCACAACCUCUCCAACAACACCAACCUCACCAACAACGGGUACAGCAACUACUACUGCAGGUGAUGAUGACACCACUUGCAUAACCAUUGAAAAGAAUAGAACAAGGGCUCGAAAACGACGCUCGGCUCAGAGAAAGUUUUAUAGGAGACAUUUUAAAACGGAAACGAACGAUAGACAUGAUUUAGUGGUCAAAAAUGUGUAA